AUCGGUGCCAUCUCCCUGGAGAAGGGCAAUGCUGUUGCGAACAAGGUGGCCCGUGAGCGCAUAUUAGCACCUCUGGGAUUUAAGAUCGCGGCUUGAGUUGGGUGAUUGAUUUAUGGGAAAUGGCCGCAGGUGCAUUUUCAAGGCGUUACUUCCUUUUCUCUUUUCCCCUUCCCCUUGUUUUCUUUGUGCCCUGGAUGUUCUGUGUAUGUGUUGGGGCUUUUCUUCAUCCGCCAUAUAUUAUGUAUUUUUAUCUACGACUUGUCUUAUAUAGUGACUGCAAAUACCACCGGAAGUUCUGUCUUCUCUCUAACAUCUACUACACUUGUAUGAGUUAUGGGAUCUUCAGGAUUUGGUUCACAUGGCAUGCCAUUAUCAAAUUUUCUAAACAAAUAAAGUAGAUAACCAAAAGUAUGUACGGUUCCUCUGACACCGCCCGGGUAACAGUA